AUGAACACAUUGGCAGACUAUGGGGAUGAAAGCGACGAGGAAUCCCCGAGGCGACGAUCCUUCAAUAUGGAACGAAGUAAUGGCUUAGGUGAAGUGCCUGCCACCACGAUUUCACAACCGAACGUUGAAGAUUCGCCGAAAGUCCAGAACACAGAUUCUGAUCAUUCUCCUCCCCCAAGAAGAGAUUCCGAUGCCAUGUUCGACGACGACAUGAUGUUUGAUGAACCACGUCGAUACGCUUCAUUCAGCGACACUAGUGAUCGUAGCGAAAGUACAGAAUUUCGAGAGCCGCCACCCCCCAAACGGAAAGAGUAUCACUCACCGUCCCCUUCCUUACCUACGCCUUCUUCAAAAAUGCAUCAACUGACCGCGAUGCGGAAGUUGCUCAGAGCCCUUCCUCACCCCCUUCAGGAAUGGUUGAACCCCGCCCCCCGGAACGAGUUAAAAAGUGAUACCGACGAUGAAAAUGAACGUCUUAUUGAUAUGGCUCUUGAAGAGGGGCGAAAUGCUCUGAAACAAGUCGAAGACGGGGCAUCAACGGGAUCUGGUGGAUGGACACCACGUCCUUAUGAUAGUCCGUUACAUGGUAUUGAUCUCGACGGUGAUGCCAAGCCGAUGGAUACGCCCCCUCACCAAGACGUCGCUAUACCUCCAGCACCGACAGCGGAGUGUGAUCCUGAAUUAGUGCAAAUCUUCUAUAAACACUUUGAACGGAAAGCUGCUGGGAUAGAUGUGAAUAUUUCGGUGCAGGAACGAAAGGAUUUCCAAAAUCCAUCUAGCUAUGAACAAUUGAUUCUUAAUUUCGGAAUCAAUGAAGUCGCCACGCUACUUCAUCCUCGAUUGCUUACAGUGGAUUACCCCCGGUGUUGUCGUUAUGAAAAAAUUGCCGAGGAUCAACGAAAAUAUAUGGAUAGCUUGAAUGCGGCCAAGCACUCGUCAAAGCAUGCAUCAGGAGCAGCGAAACAUGCACCGGGAGCUACGAAAACCGCUCCGGGAGCAGCGAAAUCUUCUGCAGGAGCAAGUCAUUCGUCCGCGGCAAUUGCGAAGAAAAAACCAUGA